AUGAUAUUGAUAAUGAGGCAACCCAUAAUUAAUAAAAUGAAGUUUAUCCAACGGAGGUAUGGCUCGAAUAUAGGGGUAAGUCUGUGGUCAUAUAGCCCGAGGAUUCAGCAUUCUAGAAGCAUUUCAGUUUAUUCUCAUCGGAAGAUCCUCAAGACUACUAUACUAAGUCAUCCGUCCAUUACGAGCAAUAAUGACAGCACGAGAGGCAAUUCUCGCGCCAAAUUUAAUGAUAGUGACAGCCCUUCCCUCGCUUCCAAGAUGCUUGAAGCUGCUGCAACAACUCUUGCCAGUAUCCUUGUGCUAGGAAGUGGGUUUGGGAUUGGGGGAUACCUGUAUCACAAGUUUUACAAAUGGCUUGUGCUACGAAAAAUUGACAAUGCAUUCAGGCCAGGCGAUCCAGUUCUUGAGCUUUCGCACAUAGAUAAAGAAUUAUCUAAUGAUCUUGCUCCGUCCUCAAAGCCUAAUGCCGAAGAUCACUGGAUCUUGCGGGAUGAACAAGCCAGGAUAAGUGCGAUCGUCAGUGGAGCUGAGAGUGGCCAUUAUUACCUACUUAUCGGCGAAAAGGGAACAGGAAAAUCAAGUAUGCUUCUCGAUGCGAUGCGAAACGUAGAUGGCGAAGGCUGCUCUAUGCUAGAAGCGCAUGCAGAUCUUGAAAUAUUCCGUGUACGACUGGGCAAAGCACUAGAUUUUGAAUUCCAUGAAGACUAUAUAGGAAGCUACUUCUCAGAAAGGGGACCGCGCGACUCUACAGCCCUCCUUGAUAUUGAGCGUGCAUUCAAUAAACUAGAAAAGGUAGCACUAAGGCGCAAAAAUCGCGGCAGCAGUACUCUUGUCUUGAUUAUCGACUGUAUGCAUCUUUUACGCGAUGAUGACGACGGACGGAAUCUACUGGAACUGCUUCAGCAGAGAGCAGAACGGUGGGCUGCCAAUAAUCUAGUAACAAUGGUCUUCAAUAGCGAUGAUUACUGGAUUUACGAGCGUCUCAAACAAGAAUCUACAAGAAUGGAGGUGAUAGCGAUUACCGACCUGCCGAAGUCGCAAGCUAUAUCAGCUCUCGCAAAAUAUCGACUGAAAUAUUUUCCCGAAAACGUGUCUCAUCCAAUUUUAGAAGAGGUAUUCAAUCGCAUCGGUGGACGACUCAUCUUCCUGAGUAGAGUAGCUAGAUCCCCAGAUAUGCUUCAGGCGUGCGAUGAAAUUAUGGACGUCGAACGUCGCUGGUUCCUUAACCAGGCUUGGAUUCUUGGAGCUGAGAUGGAUGACGACGUCAUGGACCAGCAGAAAUACGCAGCUGCUGCCAUGGUUCUAGCGCUGGCCCUCGUCAAAGCCGAAGAACAGACCUCUACCUCGCCAGAAAUUACUUGUGCCACCCUUCCCGAAAUUCCGCUUCAUAUUGCUCGCGAAAUUAUGACGCGCUGCGACUUUAUCCAGAGCUUCGAUCAUCAUAACCUCUUUACCAUUACCUCGACGGCCAUGGUGCGCUCUGAUAGCGUACCUAUGCAACGCGCUCUUCGUGCUAUUUGCCUCAUGCCAGGCUUUGAGGAACACUUGCAGAAAACUCUUAAGCGUAUUGCCGAUAUCGAAUCGCUAGGCCGUACGCGUGAGAUUGUGGCCAAAGACUUAGAGCUUGGCGCGAAGUAUCAAGUACUUGCUCGCCCAGACUCAGUUUCCAAGGGCUGGGAGAUUAGGCUUGAAGGUCCUACAGACUCUCAUUCGUAA